AUGUAUCACGUCGAACUUCUUCCGAGUACGACAACUCACCUCACUCCGGGAUGGACCUACGUCCCUGACAGGGGCUUCGACCCAUCCAAAGCAGCGAUCACGCCCACCAUCGGCAGGAAACGAGGCAUUCGCGACCCCGGCAGCCGUGGAGAUGUAUCAUCAAGACAGGCCAAUGCGAUCAUCCGACAUUUAGCAGAACUCGAUCGGGAAAAUCACAAAGAUGUCCAUAUUCCGAUCCCCGUUAAACAAAAAGAUGCAGCUGGAAGAGGAACAAGGGGCAAGGUUACCUCGAACGUGCGCCGUAUCCUUCAAUCGCAGAAAACCUUCAGAAACUAUCUCGACGACGAAGAAGCCGCGUUAGCGCAAGCAGCCCAGUCGACUACGACGCAGCGUCCCCCAGCCAACAAGGUAACAAAACCAUCAUCAUUACGAAGAAGCUCCACACCCGCCACAACGCCCAAACCCGAAUCCUCGCGUCAGAAGAAACAAUCCUCCACGGUACCCGCGUCUCAGAGAGCAUCGGCAACACCUGCAGAACCACCGAGCGCCGCUACCACAGAAGACACGGAGAAGGAGCCAACGAAGGAACCUGAGGACAAGCAAGCACUUAUCAAAACCGAGCACGACAAUGACCCCCUCCUAAAAUCGUAUAUUCCCUCUGCUCCGUCGGAGCGUAUCAUGCAGGCACUUCUGGCGGAGCCACCAUUGACGUAUAAUGCUUCUCGCGCCGGUCCGCCAGUCACAAUGAAAUCGCAGCGGUAUUUCUGCUGCGUGUGCGGCUAUUGGGGCAAGAUCCGCUGCAAGAACUGCCCUUCGCGGACCUGCGGCUUGGAUUGUUACAAACUUCAUGAGGACUCAAGAUGUGGGGCGUUCUAUUAG